UCUCACCACUCAACAUGCAGUCCGCAUCCACAGACUAGAUAACGUGGGAUGGUUUCCUACCCAUUGAUUUAUACCUUUCUCAUCACUCAACAUGUAGUCCGCAUCCACAGAGCAGAUAACAUGGGAUGGUUUCCUACCCAUUGAUUUAUGCCUUUCUCACCACUCAACAUGCAGUCCGCAUCCACAGCGCAGAUAACAUGGGGUGGUUUCCCACCCAUUGGUUUAUACCUUUCUCACCAGAACGCAUCCACAGAGCAGAUAACAGUGGAGUGGUUUCCUACCCAUUGAUUUAUGCCUUUCUCACCACUCAACAUGCAGUCCGCAUCCACAGGGCAGAUAACAGUGGAGUGGUUUCCUACCCAUUGAUUUAUGCCUUUCUCACCACUCAACAUGCAGUCCGCAUCCACAGCGCAGAUAACAUGGGAUGGUUUCCUACCCAUUGGUUUAUACCUUUCUCACCAGACCGCAUCCACAGAGCAGAUAACAGUGGAGUGGUUUCCUACCCAUUGAUUUAUGCCUUUCUCACCACUCAACAUGCAGUCCGCAUCCACAGAGCAGUUAACAGUGGAGUGGUUUCCUACCCGUUGGUUUAUGCCUUUCUCACCAGUCCGCAUCCACAGAGCAGAUAACAGUGGAGUGGUUUCCUACCCAUUGAUUUAUGCCUUUCUCACCACUCAACAUGCAGUCCGCAUCCACAGAGCAGUUAACAGUGGAGUGGUUUCCUACCCGUUGGUUUAUGCCUUUCUCACCAGUCCGCAUCCACAGAGCAGAUAACAGUGGAGUGGUUUCCUACCCAUUGAUUUAUGCCUUUCUCACCACUCAACAUGUAGUCCGCAUCCACAGAGCAGAUAACAGUGGGGUGGUUUCCUACCCAUUGGUUUAUACCUUUCUCACCACUCAACGUGCAGUCCGCAUCCACAGUGCAGAUAACAUGGGAUGGUUUCCUACCCAUUGAUUUAUGCCUUUCUCACCACUCAACAUGCAGUCCGCAUCCACAGGGCAGAUAACAGUGGAGUGGUUUCCUACCCAUUGAUUUAUGCCUUUCUCACCACUCAACAUGCAGUCCGCAUCCACAGCGCAGAUAACAUGGGAUGGUUUCCUACCCAUUGGUUUAUACCUUUCUCACCACUCAACAUGCAGUCCGCAUCCACAGUGCAGUUAACAGUGGAGUGGUUUCCUACCCAUUGAUUUAUGCCUUUCUCACCACUCAACAUGCAGUCCGCAUCCACAGAGCAGUUAACAGUGGAGUGGUUUCCUACCCAUUGAUUUAUGCCUUUCUCACCACUCAACAUGCAGUCCGCAUCCACAGUGCAGUUAACAGUGGAGUGGUUUCCUACCCAUUGAUUUAUGCCUUUCUCACCACUCAACAUGCAGUCCGCAUCCACAGUGCAGUUAACAGUGGAGUGGUUUCCUACCCAUUGAUUUAUGCCUUUCUCACCACUCAACAUGCAGUCCGCAUCCACAGAGCAGUUAACAGUGGAGUGGUUUCCUACCCGUUGGUUUAUGCCUUUCUCACCAGUCCGCAUCCACAGAGCAGAUAACAGUGGAGUGGUUUCCUACCCAUUGAUUUAUGCCUUUCUCACCACUCAACAUGCAGUCCGCAUCCACAGAGCAGUUAACAGUGGAGUGGUUUCCUACCCGUUGGUUUAUGCCUUUCUCACCAGUCCGCAUCCACAGAG